AUGUACUGUAGCGUUCUAUCCACCCCCUUUCUCUCAGUUUUCUCUCCAGCUGCUGCUUUUGGAGCAUUCAAUGUUCAGCGCGUUGACAAACGUAUCUCUAGCAAGGAAAUCAAAAUAGAUCGACGAAGUCAGAAAGUAGUGAAGAAGAUCAAGGAAGAUACGAGGAGCAUUUAUGGAAGAAGUAAUUCCAGGGCAGAGUUGUAUCCCUCUGCUACUAUUAAAGCGAAAUGGAGGCGUGCCAAAAGUACAACCUGCCUGGGAAAAUCUGGCCAAUUGCAGCCAAAGCCACCGGAACAACUACCCAGCAAUGAAUACGGAGGAGGGUGCAUAUCCUUGGCAGAGCUCGACAGAAAGAGAGUUAAGAAGAAAAGGGAAGAUGGAGAAUAUAAAGUCCAUAAACAGGAGGCGCACCAGGAGGAGGAUCCAAACAUUAAAGGCUUACAAAGAGCUCACCUGAAGAAAAUCUGGGAGAUGGAUAUGCCAAUCAUCAACACAACCCCUACCUUACCCUAA